AUGGAUAGCUAUGGUCUAUUUAAUCUAGAAUUACUGAAAGCAUCACCGAUCAAUGUUGCUGAUAAUCCUAAACAGUAUGAUUUUAAACUAAAUAAAACAUUACGAGCGACAUCGCAGAGGAAAUUGGUACCCAUAAGAAUAAACAAAUCAGACAAUAAGCUGAAUAUAUUAAAUGACCGUGGUGAUAGGUCAGUUAUUCAUAAAAUGUUUGCACCUAGUGAGCAAGCGGCAUUGAAUAGACCAGAUACCUUGGAUGAUCCUGAUAUUGAUGAAUUAUUUUUGGAUGCAGAAUCACAAGAAGUGCCUCAAGAAGUAAACCUUAAUGGUGAUGUGAUUGAGACUACAAUAGUGGUUUUUGAUAGUAGCUUGGAAUUGCUAGGUUCGGCCGACUAUUAUAGUUUGCAUACUAAGAUAAGUGACUGUAAGACAAUACGCCAUGGUAACAAUCGCUCUGACGACACUAUUCUUGUUACCACUGUGGAUAAUAUUAUAUUUUCAGUUGUCUACGAUGAGAACCUGAAACCCUAUAUCCUCCAUUGGUGGUCUUUGGCCCACCAUACUCGUUAUGGUGACUGGCAAAUCCUGGUUCAUCCUAAUGGUAACCACUUCAUAGUUUACGAGAAACGACAAGGAAGCAUAAAAUUUUACAAGUUACAAGAUUCUAGUCCCUACCAUAUUGAACUAGUAAGAAAUAUGGCAUUGUUAGGAACCGAAUUAUCUUCCUGCGCUUAUAUUAUGUCCAAUGGGGAAGCGGUUUUGUUUCUGGUGGGUCUUAAGUCGUCUAAAGUGUAUUAUUACCUGUUCAGUUGGCCUUUAGAUGCUAAUAGCAAACCAGAGGUUCACCAGUAUGCGAUUCCUGAUGGCAAGCUAAUUCAGUAUGCGCUUACAUUCAAUAAUAAUUACGUUUUAUGCGUGAGAAAAACGAUGGUAGAUUUGUUAUCCGUGCACGAGUUAUAUUCAUCAGAGGGUUAUGGAAACCAACCGAUUGAUAGGAGUCAAUUUGGGGACAUAACGCAUAGUGAGUAUGAUUCAUUACUAUUAAGUAAAUUAAAGCUUGUUGAGCCUACGGUAUACGGAUCUUUUACACACUGUGUUCUCUUCUCGACUUCAAAUUACAGCAUUUGCGCGGCCCUUAUGGAUGAUACAGGUACGAUUAAAUUUUACGAGAUAACAAGAUUCAAAGGUCUUUGUACAUUUGUAUUGCUACCAUCACAGAACUCUACAGCUUCUAAUUAUCACCUAGAGAUCGUUAGUUUUGGUAAAGUGUUCGAACUAGUGUUGAAGAUAACCGAUUUAGCUCAGUUGAAGACUGAUUCUAAUAUUGAAUCCAUGAAUAACAUUAUUCAUAGGUACAGCAAGGAUGCUAGUUUUACUAUUUCUGAUCAAUUAAUAACUGUUGGAUCAAAGGACUCCUUUCCGUCAAAGAAUAAUGAAUUUCAAGUGUGGUUAUGUUCGCCGUCAUGUGUAUCUAAUGUGUCAUUAAACGGUCCAGUUGAACAUUAUAGAAGUCAUCUAUACUUAAGGGAAUUCCAAUAUUUUAGUUCCAUGACUGUUUUACGCUUGUCAGAUUUAACGUUUCUAUUAUUCGAAAGGUUUAAUAUUACAGUAAAUGAACCUAAUGGUUAUUUAAUAGUCGCAUCGGAUCUGAGCUCAGUUACGAAAGCCUUUCUCGUAUAUUUAGUUGAGGACAACGGGAUGGAGUGUGAUGAGCUAGAGGAUGUUAUAGUAGAGCAGAACUGCGGGACUGUCCACUAUUUCGUUACUGAAAGUACUACUGUGCAAGUAGGGAAACAAAAAUUAUAUUUUUCUUCUCUAUCCGGUGAAGCUGAAACUUGGUCUUUGGACCUAGCACAUCCAGUGAAAGGAGCAAUCAGUCGUAACUCAACUUUAUUACUAUGGUCAGGACCAAAAUUCCUUUACAUUGAAAAUGUUGAUUUAAAAGACACUUUAGAACACACUAAAUUUUUUCACGUACCAGAUUUAUUGAAUGGAUAUCAUUCAACAUCAAUCUCAUUUGAAAAUGAGGAUAUCUCCAACAUCGUUAGUGCUCUGUUUUGCGAUGAUGGUACAAAAUUUAUCUUAUUCCUCACCUGCGCCACUUUGCAUUGUAAAUUUGAUGUAGAAGGUGCGACCGUUGUGCUUGAAGACGUGGUGAUGCAUGAUGAAACGGUUACUAUCGAUACCAUACGAACAUCAGAAGGCAUAUUAUCCACCACAUUUUCAACCCUGACAGGAUUGGGCGGAAUCACUUUAAAUGGAGAUCAAUUCUUACAUCCUCUAAAAGGUUGGUUUAAACUGGAAAGUGCAGGCGGUGACAGUUUUUUUGCGUACAACUCAAGUGAGUUGUUUUCAUAUGAAAUACUCACAAAGAGCCAGUAUUCAAUUAAGCUACCGUCUUGGAGGAAGUCGGAGCCCAUUUUUGAAUUAAGGUGCAGCAAAGAUCUCCUAUUUGUCUUGUUCGGUGACGGGCUCAGAAUAUAUCACAAGGCGUAUAAGUCCUACUCUGCAUCUAACAUUGUGCUAAAUGCCACACGAUGUCGAAAGAAAUUUGUUUAUCUUGACAAGAUCAAUAGGCUACUUGUUGUCAACUGCACAAAAAAGUUACUAGAAUGCAUUAAACUGGAAAAUAGCAAGGUAAUAUCUCUGGACACAAAUAACCUAUUCAACGAUAUCGACGAGCUGCAUGAUGUACAGCUGCUCUCCAGCGACAUCGCUCAGGAAUUUCUGGCCCGGGGAAAGAACAAUGAGAGUUUAUUGGCCUUCAGUUGCUCAAGCGGCAGCGCAAUACAUCGAAUUAAGGUAAUUGCCGUUAUUCCUAGUCCCGGUCAGCUCUUGUCUCGCGUUUUGGCGUCAUUGGAAGUGCCUGCGCCCUCCUGUGGCGGAAGAAUUAAACCCCUAGCGGAUAAUCAGCUCUGGACAGCCUCUGAAAAUACAAUUUGCAGGUACAAACUCAUACCAUCCUCUGAAUCCACCUCGCAUGUGCUUCAAAAAAACUACGAGUGGACCGUUCCUUCGACGGCCACCUUCGAUGCCAGAGAAUUCAUGGUAGUUAAUGUGACCACCGAUGGCAGCCUCCAAGUCCUACUCCUCCCAUCAGGCCACGUAUACAUACAGAAUACAGAUACACUUACACGACAGCAUAAGCUAGUGUCGAUACGCUCAGACGGUUCUAUCAUAACAUAUACAGAGUCAAUUGCACAUGUCGCUGGGACCGCUGUCGGCGCAAUCAUCCUUCACAUAUUCAGCGAUCAAAACCAUCAGACUCUCGAGCAAGUUGCACAAAUUCCACUUCAGAAAGUCGUCAAAAACUUUUAUCUAAUUACUGAUGAGAAAAUAUGUCUUCUAAACGUAGAUGGCACUAUUGUUAUCGUGGACUUAACAGAAUCUACAACGGGUAUGACGUCGCCUGUAGUUCAUCCACCGGAAUUUCCUGACUGUAGGAAAUUACGUGGCUCAAGUACAGCCUUUACAAACUAUAUCGGCAUUUUGGACUUUAGCUUUACCUCCUAUGUGUGA